AUGAGCGAGACGGUUGUGUGCACCAGCCGGGCCACGGUGAUGCUCUACGAUGACAGCAACAAGCGCUGGCUGCCCGCCGGCACGGGCCCGCAGGCCUUCAGCCGCGUCCAGAUCUAUCACAACCCCACCGCCAACUCCUUCCGGGUGGUCGGCCGCAAGAUGCUGCCGGACCAGCAGGUGGUCAUCAACUGUGCCAUCGUCCGGGGUGUCAAGUAUAACCAGGCCACCCCCAACUUCCACCAGUGGCGCGACGCCCGGCAGGUCUGGGGCCUCAACUUUGGCAGCAAGGAGGAUGCCACGCAGUUUGCCAACGGCAUGGCCAGUGCCCUAGAGGCCUUGGAAGGAGGUGGGCCCCCACCCCCACCACCACCUACAGCGCCUCCCACCUGGUCUGCCCAGAAUGGCCCCUCCCCAGAGGAGAUGGAGCAGCAGAAAAGGCAGCAGCAGUCAGAGCUCAUGGAGCGCGAGCGCAGAGCCUCCAACGCAGGAGGCCCGCCUGCUCCCCCAGCUGGGGGACCACCACCGCCCCCGGGACCUCCCCCUCCUCCGGGUCCACCCCCACCCCCUGGGCUCUCCUCCUCAGGGGUCUCGGCCGCCCCACAGGGAGCAGGGGGAGGCCCACCCCCAGCACCCCCUCUCCCCACAGCACAAGGGCCCAGUGGUGGAGGGACUGGGGCCCCCAGCCUGGCCUCAGCCAUUGCCGGCGCCAAACUCAGGAAAGUUAGCAAGCAGGAGGAGGCUUCAGCGGGGCCCGUGGCCCCCAAAGCUGAGAGCAGUCGAAGCACAGGCGGGGGCCUCAUGGAAGAGAUGAACGCCAUGCUGGCCCGGAGAAGGAAAGCCACGCAAGUUGGGGAGAAGCCCGCCAAGGAUGAAUCUGCCAGUCAGGAGGAGUCAGACGCCAGAAUCCCAGCCCACAGUGAAUCUGUGCGGAGACCCUGGGAGAAGAACAGCACAACCUUGCCAAGGAUGAAGUCGUCUUCUUCAGCGACCACUUCCGAGGCCCACCCCGCUACACCUAGCUCCAGUGACGAGUCAGACCUGGAGAGGGUGAAACAGGAGCUUCUGGAAGAGGUGAGGAAGGAAUUGCAGAAAAUGAAAGAGGAAAUAAUUGAAGCCUUUGUCCAGGAGCUGAGGAAGCGGGGUGCCCCCUGA